AUGAAGAACCCGUUACACAACCCGUUGCCCGCCUCACUAUCCAGCGAGUACAAAAAGGCCGCUGCGAUUCUCGAAUCCUUCAUCAACCCGAAGCUCAAAAUCGAUGGAGAAAUCCCACGUAAGAUAUUCGCGGGGGCCAAGGGAAUUGCUGUAUUCACAGCGCUCAGAGUUGGAUUCCUGGGCUCGAUCCGUUUUGGCUCGGGAUUGAUUGUCGCUCGUCUCCAAGAUGGCAGCUGGUCCGCCCCGUCAGCCAUGGCAAUGGGCGGUCUCGGCGCCGGUGGUCAAUUUGGCGCAGAAUUGACGGAUUUCGUCUUCGUCCUGACUACAGACGCGGCUGUGAAGACAUUCAUGCAGUCGGGAAACUUGACUCUCGGUGGGAAUAUAUCCAUGGCCGUCGGGCCUAUUGGUCGGAGUGCCGAGGCUGGGGGUGUAGUGGGCACCAAGAGUGCAACGGGGGUAUUCGCCUACUCCAAGACCCGGGGGUUAUACGGCGGUCUCACACUCGAGGGUGGUGUUCUUGCAGAGCGUGCGGAUGCAAACAAAAAGCUAUACGGGCGGAAAAUUCAAGCAAAGGAGCUGCUGGGCGGAUCGAUUCCACCACCACCUGAGGCAGGAGUCCUCAUCGAUGUUUUGAAUGGGGACUUCUUCCGUACCGAUAGAUCUAUGGAACCAGCCACGGAGGGCACUGGGCAGUCGGGCGAACAAAACCCCAAGGAUUCUGCCCAACUCCCUAGUCCGCAAUCACAGGGAAUUGUGACGCAUACUGCUAAUCAGUUAGCAGUUGGUGAGCUAGGCGCAGAACAGGCGCCUGUAACUGCGGAAUCAUUCACCGGAGAUUAUCACAGUGUACCCCACGAGGGAGCUGCUCAGGAGACAACGCCGACUGCCGAGAGUAAACCAACUACCGAGUUAGGUACCGGGGAAGCAACCGGAGAAUCCGAAUUAUCCACCAAAAUUACCCACGAUGCACAUGCGCCAGACGUACAAGAGCCUGUGUCUACUGCUGAGCAUGUUUCGGCUGUGGAGCCGAGUACACAAUUGGCAACUAAAGGCAAAGAAUCGGCAGUUAGGGACUCCAUGAGUUAG